AAGCAGGGCACUAACUUCUACUUCCUGCUCUUCUCCAACAACCCGCUUCAUACAAACGCAUCACUCCUGACUCGAGUGCGAGCGACAACGCGUCCUCAUCUUCCAGAGCGGGCGCGGUUUUAAAAUCUCCAAGGUGGAACUUUGUUCUUACUUUCUAAAAGCGUGGUGGAUGUGAGUGAAUGACAAGAGUAGUGAAAAUUUGCUUUCGUUUCCCGGCUGCUGGAUCUUUACCAAAAAUGACAAAUGCUUGCUGGAUGCUUUUUGCUGUGCUCUUCUUGGUUUGUCUGCAGAGAUCAUGGUCUCAAAUGCAUCUGUUGGACUUAAUGCCUAGUGAGCAGGGACUUAACUAUGAUUCAGGCUGGCCACCAAAUCAGAACGUCAACUACAUGAGGCUUGCAAGAGAUCUUAAAACACAAUUUUUCAACACAUUAACAGGAGACAAACAGCAACAAGCAGCAACUGAAGGAACCAAACGCAGGGACCGAAUAACUGCACUUUUUAUCAAAUUGAUGACACGAAUCUUUCGCCAGAGACCCUUCCAGAGGCUUCUCUGCGGCUCCAAUGCAACUUGCUUGGCUAAUUUGAAUUCGCCUAAUUUCUGAAAUUAAGCUGAAAGAGAAGCCAAUCUUCUGUCGUUUAGAAACUGUUGCCAAAUCGAUCUUAAUGACCGUAGCUGGCCUACUGUUACCCUAACAUCUUUAUAUAUUUAGUAUAAUACUAAUAUGUUGUUCAUCUGUAUAUAUACCUGAAUUCUAUGACAUAAUAAAUAUACUGAUUCUUAAA